CCUAAUCUUCUAUGAUGAGUUUGCUCCUUGGGGACGAACAAAAUUUCAAGUCGGAAAACUACCUUUUCUUUAAGAAAAACACAAAAUGGUGGCUGCUCCUCGCAUUGAGGGCAACCUCUUGUUGGAUGCCGACUCCUUUGCACAGGAAUCACUCCGAGCAUGCAUUUCCCACCCAAAAAUAGGAGCGAGGGUUGGAAGCGAAAGAUCAAGACAGCAACUGGGCCAAGAAAUUACUCUUUUUUCUUUUCUCAUCACCGUAUCAUGCUCAUGCCCAGGCUCCUAGAUUGGUGGUGGCUCAACUUUUUUUUCUGGGGAGAUUGGUUCGGGGCCGCCAAGAAUCCAAGCAGAGGCAUCCAGAUCCAGCAACGAGGAGCAAUCUUGUGUGCGAGCACUGUAUUACAUUGUCAGAUUCGGGCCAACAUUUUGGUCUAAAAAUCGACAUCGAGGUGAGGAGAAUCAAGGAAGGAAUUAAUCCAUCUUUGGUCAUCCUUGAGGUUCUGUAGUGAUCCCAAUCGAGGGAGGGAGCAAUGGCCACUUAAUUUGGUUAUCACUAUAGCUAAGCGAGCAAGCAAAUUUGAUCAUAGGAUGAGGUGGCCGGGGUGCAGAUUCAGAUGGCUCCUCAGCGCAUGCCUCAUUUCUCUGCUCCUCCUCACGCCAACAUACUGCAAAGGGCUGCAGCUCGUUGGCGCAAUCAGGAGUAGCUUGUUGUGGCCACCAUCUACCCCUCCAUCUCUUGCAAUCCCGGGACAAGAUGAAUCGGUGGAACAAUUAUGGUUCAGUUGUGCUCUAGACUUGAGAAUUCCUCAAGGUUUUAAAAAUAAGUCCCAUAGAACAAAUAAUAAGAAGUCCUCUCAUCAAAAGAUCAGUAUUGAGGAAGUAAUCACCAAUACCUUGUCGCCUGCAGAAGUUGCCAACAAUUUUCUGGACUGCUUAAACAAGCAUAAUUUCCCUUUCCCACGUGCUGUCUCUGAACAUGGACUGCAGCAGGAGGAGGAAACCAGAAGCUUAUUUCCCAACUCGAACAGCAUCAACCCGCCUUUUGCAAUGAAAAGAAGAUUUCUACUUGAAGGAGCUUCAGCAGCCGUUGCUCCACCCCUUGGACCAGCACAUUAUUCUUUCUCACCUCCAGCAAAACAAGCAAUAAGAAGUGUGUUGUCUUCUGAAUCAGAGGCUCGUCCACUAGUCUCUAGUAUGAAAAAGGCUGCUAAACCAGUGCCGAAAGACAAGAGCAAGGACAGCAGUUCAGCCACUAUUGUCGCUGGUUUGUCAGUGUCUUGUAUAGCAUUGGUGGCUCUUAUCUGUCUGUGCUGUUGCGCUUGUCGCGGAAACCAUAGUUCAGCUUCAUCUUAUGAUCUAAGGGAUGAUAAACCACUGCUGAGUUUGAAUUUGAGUGACUUAUCAGCAGGUUCAUCGCGUAAAUCGUGCUCUACCCCGAUUGAUGUCAACAAGUUGGGGGCUUUGUCACUCAGUUCAUCAGAGAGCCAACAUAAGGAAUCUUCACUACCUAUGAAGGUAGGAGGAGAAGCAUUGUCAAUGAAGUCGGAGUUCGAGCGACACAGCAAUGUGCAGGCGAUGAAGCUAAGCUCUCACGAAAUAACCACCAUUGGUGGACGUCCGGUGACCUCUGCUAACUCUCUGGCUGCGAAAGCUGCUGCUGCAGUUCCUUCUGCUAAUGCUAGUGAAAGCGCUCGUGCACCUGCAGCUGGUUCAGCACCACCGCCACCUCCAGCUCCUCCUCACCCGAAGGCCCCUUGUGCACCACCUGCUGCACCAGCACCUCCUCCUCUAAAGAAGCCUGCUGCUGGUUCCAGCAAUCUGCGUCCACCAGGACCACCACCGCCUCCUGCUUCCAGGGCUGCAGCCGGACCUGGACCUCCACCUCCACCACCAACAAGAGCUGGAGCUGGACCUCCACCACCAGCAAUGCCUGGUCCUCCAAAAGCGCGUGGGCCACCGCCGUUUAAGAAACCAGGAAAUGUAGCAGGUCAUCAUGCGGCGGACUCUAAUAAAACAAAGCUCAAGCCCUUCUUCUGGGAUAAAGUUACUGCAAAUCCAGAGCAAACAAUGGUGUGGGAUCAAAUUAAAGCGGGAUCCUUCCAGUUUAACGAGGAGAUGAUUGAGAGUCUUUUUGGUUGUCACUCUACUGACAAGAAAAGUGCUGAUGGCAAAAAAGAUUUAACAGCAAAGGAUGCCACUCAGUUUGUUAGGAUACUCGAACCUAAAAAAGCACAGAACUUAGCGAUAUCACUGAAGGCGUUGAGCGUUUCAGCAGAAGAAGUACGUAAUGCAGUCAUGGAAGGGCAUGAACUCCCCUCUGACUUGAUACAAACCUUGAUAAGGUGGAUGCCAACUAGCGACGAGGAGCUAAGGCUUCGGCUGUACACCGGAGAGCUCACUCAACUUGGUCCUGCGGAGCAAUUCUUGAGGACCAUCAUUGACAUCCCUUACAUCUUCCAGCGCCUGGAUGCGUUGCUUUUCAUGUCCAGUUUGCCGGAAGAAGCUGCAAACGCGGAGCAGUCAUUUAAAACCUUGGAGGUGGCCUGCCAGGAGCUUCGGAACAGCCGUCUUUUUAAGAAGCUGCUGGAGGCUGUACUGAAGACCGGCAACCGAAUGAACGACGGCACCUUUCGAGGGGGCGCCCAGGCAUUCAAACUGGAUACCCUCCUCAAGCUCGCCGACGUCAAGGGGGUUGAUGGCAAGACGACGCUGCUGCAUUUCGUCGUCCAGGAGAUCAUUCGCUCGGAGGGUGUCCGCGCCGUGCGGGCUGCCAAAGAGCAGAUGAACAGCAGCAUCUCCAGCGUGAGCUCCGCCGAUGAUCUCACCGAGGAUGUCAGCGAUGACACGGAGCACUACAAGCAGCUUGGCCUCAACGUCGUCUCCAGCCUGGGAGACGACCUCCAGAACGUCCGGAAGGCGGCAUGCCUCGACUCGGACGCGCUAACCAUCUCGGUGGUGAGCCUGGGUCACAAGCUGGUGAAGGCCAACGAGUUCCUGAACACGGGCAUGAAGAGCUUAGACGAGGACAGUGGGUUCCAUCGCAAGCUGGGCCGGUUCAUAGAGCAGUCUCAGGUGCAGGUCACCCACCUGCUGGAGGAAGAGAAGAAGCUGCGGUCACUGGUGCGUGCCACCGUGGAUUACUUCCAUGGGAGCACAGGGAAGGACGAGGGCCUGAGGCUGUUCGUGAUCGUGCGUGACUUCCUCGCAAUACUGGACAAGGUGUGCAAAGAAGUGAAAGAGGCUGCCUCCAAGGCAGCAGCUGCUGCCAACAAGAAACCUGCAGCUGCAGCAGGAACAAGGGGCAGGCAACCGUCUCAGUCGUCGCUGUCAUUCCGCGAUCCUCGACAGCAUCUGGUGCCUGCGAUUCAAGAUCGGAGAGGGGCAGCGGCGCACAGCUCUAGUUCCUCUUCUGAUUCUGAUGACAGCGAUAGCUAGAUAGCCAUCAAUUGCAGCAUCUCCUCCCAAUUGCUUGCUUGUCUCCUACUGUAUGUAUACAGGGUAGAGUGAGCGCACCAGGAAGAAUGUAUUGUCGGAUACAUGUUGUUAGUAUUCUUGUUGAUCCUUGUC